AUGGAUACUUCAUUUGUGCCAACAUUCACUCAACGUGAGAAAAGAAAGUUCAUAUCUCGCAUGAUCCAAGAGCUACACGAAUUACUAGAACGCAGAAACCUUCGCAGGAACAACGGACAUAUUGCAGUUCUAACUGGCGUUGUUGAGCUGGUCACUGGAGUUAACUUGAAUGAGAUGCCCAUGUCUCCAAAUUUGGACAGUUAUGCAAAACGAAGGGAAAUUAAAAAGAUGGCUUGGGAUUGUUUGAAAAAUUUCAUCACAACGAAAUUCCAGAGACAACGAAUCUGGGACGACUUGACUCAAUCGAAAAUUCUUAAAGUCAUGAAGUAUUACUUGGAAGAUGAUGACAAUUUCGCAAACACUCAACAUGGAAUGGACCAUUCAGAAACGCCAACAUCACCGUCUCCGAAUAUUUUAGCUGUACUCGAAAAAGGUCGAUUUUCUCUGAAUCACUGUUACAGUCUUGGAUCUCGAGUUCUUCAUCAAACUAAAGAUUUAAUGAAUGAAUUGGGAAAACUCCUUGAAAUGAAUGGAUAUAAUAAUAUUUUGAGCAGUCCUGGAAACAUUCUUUUGGCUGCAAUUGGCGUGGUUUCUGGAUAUGAGGAGAAGAGAGUAUUCUCUCCUGGCUCGAUUCAAUACAAAUAUAUUAAUCAACAACAAGAUGCCUUAUUUAAAAUGAUGGCAAAGUUUAUCGAAGAAGAUGAAUCCGUGCAUGAAGAAGAAAAGAUAUGCCUCACUCCCAAUAGGAUUUUGAGAACGUUCAUCGAUCGUGUGUAUAACAUGACUGUAAGAAAAAAUCAGAAACGUAUCGAACUAUAUAAAAUGGCAUUCACCUCCGUUAAAAGCAAACCAAUAUCCGAGUUCUCGAUUUUACAACAUCAACAACAGGCUGGAACUGAAAUCUGCACACCAACUGCUAUUUCUUAUUUUGAUCAACAAGAAAUUACAGGAAUGAGGUGUUUUGUUGAGCGGAAGAUCUAUAUAAUGUACGAUAAAAGUUCAGAUUGUUGGAUGACAAUGACAACAAUAAACUCGGACGGAAACGCUCGAACGACAACGAAUUGGAUGGUGAUUGGCAGGCCAAAAUAA